ACAGUCAAUAACUAGUACUAGCACAGAAGACCGGCGGCGUUUGGUGGACCGGGGUCGAAUUUGUAAACCGGCCGAAGUCAACCUCCCGUGAUGGCUAUCCCUGCACCACCAUCGAGCUCCGCCGUUCCCGGCGGUUAUCAGAAAUCUAAGAGAUCGUUAGGUUUCUUUGCAAACGCAAUGAAGAGGAAAGAUAGCUUUUUACAAUUCUUCGCCAUGACAGGAAUUCUUCUUCUGAGUAUGAGAUCGCUUGGGCAAAAGUACCGCAUAAACGACCUCGAGGAGGAUAACGCCGCGCUCAAGGAAGAACAAGAAGGGCUCGUUCACCGAAUGAACCAUAUCAAGCAAAGUCUACUUGCUGAAGCUGCUAGUGAGCCCACUGGUGCCUUUGCUUCCCGUCUUCGCCGCCUCUUUGGUGAUGAAAGCUGAAACAGUUGAGUUUUUUGUUCUGUCUGAGUUUGUAUUUCAUAUAUAUGUCCAAUAUUAGCAGAAUUUAUAGAUUUUAUAAUUUGGGAUUUUGGAGACUUCAUCUUGACCUGGAGUGUUAAAUUUGAAGCCUUUUAUCUUCAGAUAUCUUAAUUUUUCACUUCUAAGGUCUUUUAAUUUACUGUUAUAUGGUAUGAAUUGUUCAAAAGAAUUGCUAAAGGGAACACUUAUGCCUAA